AGACGCUCUAGAAAAUUAGAAAAAAAAAAGGUUAAACGGGAAAGGAAAAUGGGGUGAGGCGCAGGCGAGGGCUUCAAUCACGCUUCCGCAGGUUUUACGCCGGUGAUUGAAAUACGUAAGAGGAAGAAUAUGCCGCCGAAGCAGGAUAGCACCGAAGGCAUUGUUCUCGGCUUUGUGAACGAGAUGUUCACUGCAUGCUUUGGAGUAACACAAUAUUUCUAUUGUCAGCAAAAUAGACCACUGAAUUCCCAAAAUGUUGCUGAUGCGCUGCAAAAGUAUAAUCUCAAAAAAUCUGCUAUCCAGAAAGCUUUGGAUACACUCGCCGACACUGGGCAGAUUUCAUUUAAGGAGUAUGGCAAACAGAAGAUUUACCUUGCUCGGCAAGAUCAGUUCAAGAUACUCAGCAGUCAAGAGCUUGAUCAGAUGAAGAGGGAAAAUAGCCAAUUACAAGAGCAAAUUAAUUCCCAAAAGCAGGCUGUAAGAGAGAUUGAGGCUGAAAUUCGAGUUCUGCAAUCAAAUUUGACAUUGGAGGAAAUACGGUCAAAACAGUCAAAACUACAGACAGAGGUUAAUGAAAUGGAGGCAAAGCUGGAGAAAUUGCGGAAUGGGGUCAUUUUAGUGAAACCAGAAGAGAAAAAAUUGAUUGAACAGACAUUCAUUGAAAAAAUGAACCAUUGGAGGAAGCGGAAGAGGAUUUUCAAAGAUUUGUGGGAUGCCAUAACAGAGAAUUCACCAAAGGAUGCCAAAGAAUUCAAGGAGGAGCUUGGCCUCGAAUAUGAUGAAGAUGUUGGAGUUAGCCUGCAAUCCUUUAGUGAACUGAUGAAUACCAAUAAGAAAAGAAGAACAGCACAAUGAUUUAUUCCACCAUACUCUUUCUUACGUUUGGAUUCAGUUUUGUAAAGGGAUUUUUAAGCUAAUUCGAAUGCAUUUAUUUUUCCAAACAGUAAUAGAUAGAAAUGUAAUACUUUUGUGGACUAUUUAGUCACUAGUUACUGUAAUACUACUUGUUUAAUCUUAAAAGAUACAACUCGUAACUAUGGAUAAAGUUUGCUUCUGCA